GAGCCGCCGCCUCUUCGGCACAGGGCAGCGCUGGUGAAUGAGGAAGAGGAGCCUCUCUCUCGGUUAGGCAGGGCUUUCCCAUCGGUGAGACUCCUCCCAAACCCAAGACCAUUGGAAGUUCACUCCCAGUGGCAUAUUUCAAAUGUGCUGGCCUGUGUCAACAACAGGUGUUGGUCGCAAACGAAAGACAGUUUUUGAGAACUUCCAAGAAAAGGCUGAUGCAGAGCGACCCAAGACCAGAGUGAACAUCGCUGCUGUGUUUGAACGGGGGAAACAACUGAAAGUCCAGAAAGGGCUGCAAAGUGAUGACAUGGUGGCGACAACUGUUUCCACUGGACAGAAACAAAACAGAGGAUAUAAACAGAGACGCAACGCGACGAGAGUACACAAACAUUAGCGUCUCUGAUCAUCAACACCUGACCAUCGACCAUGGACAAAUCCACAGAGUGGGCUCCUUCUUUAUGGCUGGACAUAUUUGAUGAGUUGGUGUAUGAUGACAAUGAGCUGGACAAUGAAGACCAGUGGACUCUCACCUUCAACUACAGCCAGACAGACAAACUCACUGCAAAGGAACGGAGGGAUGGUUGGAAAAUCACCUGUCAACAUGUCAAUGGAAGAUUCCAGUGCAGCUCCUGCUCCAGGACCUGGUCCUCAGCAAGGGUGGUGGUGGUGUUCCGCUACCGGUUGCGAGGUGGCCGAGGGACAGUGAUCAUGCGGCCUUUCCGUCAAAUGUGUCGCCAGUGCGACAGCGAUCGCUUUAAUCUCCCUGGUUUCUCAGACAAUGCUGUUGAAGAGAGUUUGUUAAGGCUGUUUUCCAAAAUCUUGAAAAAUUGCUACGGGGUUGAAGAAGAUAGUGAUGAUAAUUCAGAAAAAAACUCUAACAAAUACACAUCCAAACCACAUGAGGUAUCACUGUGUGAAGCCUGCAGUCAGGGCAUCUGCAAGCAGGUCGAGGAGUGUGUUUGAGAGAGUUUUUCUUUAUUGUCUGUUAUUUUCUUUCUUGUUUCUUUCUUAUUUCUUUCAUUUUCUUUCAUUUUCUUUCAUUUUAAUGUAGUCAUAUAUGAUCUGAAAACAUAUUUUGUCAGCAGUUCAAAGUUCUUUAUCCUAUAUGUUAUUUUGUUGUUUUGAAUCUUUCUAAUUAUGUUCAUUAAUAAAAUGUGUUUUGUUAAAA